GGGACAGAGGCGGGAGCUGGAAGGAGCAUGAUUUCCUGAGCGAGGCCCAGCUGGCCCGCUUCUCAGGAGGAAUGGCAGCUCCGCUUCUUCGCACGCGGUUACCCGCGGAGGCGCCAGCUUCGGCACCUGCGGUAGCAACGCUGGGCGCGUCAAGGACUGGGAUUUCAGAUACACUUUCAUUAAAGAAUGAGUUCUUCAAUUCUCCUCCAAGAAAAGCUGUUCGGUUUGGUGGAACUGUGAGAGAAGUCUUGCUGAAAUACAAAAAGGGUGAAACAAAUGACUUUGAGUUGUUGAAGAACCAGCUGUCAGAUCCAGACAUAAAGGAUGACCAGAUCAUUAACUGGCUGCUGGAAUUCCGCUCUUCUAUCACGUACUUGACAAAAGACUUUGAGCAGCUUAUCAGCAUUUUGUUGCGGUUGCCUUGGUUGAACAGAAGUCAAACAGUGGUGGAGGAGUAUUUGGCCUUUCUUGGUAAUCUGGUGUCAGCACAGACUGUCUUCCUUAGACCAUGUCUCAGCAUGAUUGCCUCUCAUUUGGUACCUCCCCGAGUGAUCACUAAGGAAGGUGACAUAGAUGUUUCAGAUUCUGAUGAUGAAGAUGAUAACCUUCCUGCAAUUUUUGACACAUGUCAUAGAGCCUUGCAAAUAAUAGCAAGAUAUGUCCCAUCGACACCAUGGUUUCUUAUGCCAAUGCUGGUAGAAAAAUUUCCGUUUGUUAGAAAAUCAGAAAGAACAUUGGAAUGUUACGUUCAUAAUUUACUGAGGAUAAGUGUCUAUUUUCCAACCUUAAGGCAUGAAAUUCUAGAACUUGUUGUUGAAAAGCUACUCAGGUUGGAUGUGAAUGCCUCAAGGCAGGAUAUUGAAGAUGCUGAGGAGACAGCAGCUCAAGCUUGUGGUGGGGCAGAUUCCAUGGAAGGAUUGUUUAAUAUGGAUGAAGAUGAAGAAGCUGAACAUGAAACAAAGGCUGGUCCUGAGCAGCUUGGUCAGAUGGUCCAUCCUGUAGCUGAACGCCUGGACGUCCUGCUGUCCUUGCUUUUGUCCUAUAUCAAGGACGUCUGCUAUGUGGAUGGUAAGAUUGAGAUCAACAAAACAAAGGAUUUAUAUCGUGAUUUGAUAGCCAUCUUUGACAAACUCCUAUUGCCCACCCAUGCCUCCUGUCAUGUACAGUUUUUCAUGUUUUACCUCUGUAGUUUCAAGUUGGGAUUUGCAGAAGCAUUUUUGGAACAUCUCUGGAAAAAAUUACAGGAUCCAAAUAAUCCUGCCAUUAUCAGGCAAGCUGCUGGAAAUUAUAUUGGGAGCUUUUUGGCAAGAGCUAAAUUUGUUCCUCUUAUUACUGUAAAGUCGUGCCUCGAUCUUUUGGUUGAUUGGCUGCACCUGUACCUUAAUAACCAGGAUUCAGGAGCAAAGGCUUUUUGUGAUGUUGCGCUCCACGGCCCAUUUUAUUCAGCAUGCCAAGCUGUGUUCUACACCUUUGUUUUUAGACACAAGCAGCUUUUAGAUGGAAACCUGAAAGAAGGGUUAAGGUACCUUCAGAGUCUAAAUUUUGAACGUAUAGUGAUGAGCCAGCUAAACCCUCUGAAGAUUUGCCUGCCAUCAGUGGUUAACUUCUUUGCUGCUAUCACAAAUAAAUACCAGCUAGUCUUCUGCUACACUAUCAUUGAGAGGAACAAUCGGCAGAUGCUACCAGUUAUUAGAAAUACGGGUGGAGGGGACUCAGUGCAGACCUGCACAAACCCGCUCGACACCUUCUUCCCCUUUGAUCCUUGUGUGCUUAAGAGGUCAAAGAAGUUCAUCGAUCCCAUUUAUCAGACGUGGGAGGACAUGAGUGCUGAAGAGCUUCAGGAGCUUAAGAAGCCCAUUAAAAAGGAGAUGGUAGAAGAUGAAGAUGAUGAUUUUUUGAAAGGUGAAGUGCCUCAGAACGAUUCCGUGAUUGGGAUUACACCAAGCUCCUUUGAUGCACAUUUCCGAAGUCCUUCCAGUAGUGUGGGCUCCCCACCAGUGGUAUACAUGCCUGGCCAGUCCCCGCUUAUCUCAAGAAUUUGUGAUUGAGGUGCAUUGCUCUUCCUGGCAUGGCCUUGGUGUCCAGGCGUGUACUCUUGGCGCUGACUGGACUACAGUACAGACUGCGGGCACUGUGUGUUCCACUUAGACUCCUUAGCGUCUGAUAGACACUUUUUCGGUUAUGUUUUUUUUUUUUCUCCCCUUACAGACAAAAGGAAAAGACUAUUAUGUGCAAUAUUUUAUAGAGGGGUUAUGAUAAAUGUUGAAGACUGCUUGUUUAAUGUGUAUCUUUUUUUAAUGUUGUGUAAUUUUUAGUAUCAGCACUAGCCCAUUUUAAUAGAAGGCCUUUUUAAACAUCAGUUCUUUUUAGAGCCAUAGUCAAAAAACUUUCUUGAUCUGAUUUCAGUAAAAAAUCCUCGGAUAAAUCCUCUGUUUAAAAGCUAGAAUGUUUAUUUUGUCUGUAUUUGUUUACUUUCUGCUGUAAUUGUAUUUGUGUGUUGGGACUUUACUGAGUUCAGAGAAGAUGAAAGUGGGGAGAUGCUGGAGCUGGGCUGAGAGGCCACAUCUCCAGGGACUUCCGAGGACCGUAGACGACAGGAGGGAAGAGAGAAGGCAUUUAUGGAAACAGGGUCACACAGAUGGUGUACUUAUCGGUGUAAAGAUGGAUUUGGAAGAAAAGCAGAGGUCAGGUAAAUGUAAUUUGUGUUGACAAAGUGGGUUGGGCUUUUGUAAAACACACCAAACACUGCUUCACCCUUCAACUUCCAAGCAUUCUAUUAGAAAUGACUCUGCCAAUUUGCACUAGUUACAUUUGGUUUUGACCAGUAUCAUUUGGUUAUUUUGAAGUGUUUCUUGAUUAUUUGGUGGAAUGGUUGCUGUCCACAAUAGGCCAAAGUUACUCCUGCUGAUCCAUCUAAUGGCUGUGCAUAUCAUCGAUUUGGCCUGAUGAAAUCCUUCUGGAGCAAGUCUCCAUAUUUUUAUAAUAAACCCUGAGAGAGGGCUCAGGAUUUAGCCUAGUGGUUCCGUCGCCUGCCUUGCAAGUGCAAGGACCCGAGUUCGAUCCCCAGUACAAAAAAAAAAGCCCUGAGAGAGGAGUCUUAGCCUUGCUUUGAACGACUUUGUGCAAGUGCUUCCAGAGGCACUUUGAACCUCAAGUAUGUUUCCCUUUUGUUCCUUGUAUGUAUACUUUGUGUAUUUGUGAAGAUGAUCAUCUUUAAGCAUAUUUAUUUAUCUGCCAUGUCUAUUUAAAGGCAAGCAGUAUUUUCAUGAUCACAAAUAUUUUGUAAUAUUACUUCUUUCCUAGGCUCUUGUAUAUACUCUUGUAUGAUUACAUUGACAGCAAUGUAGAGUUUGAAUUUCAGUCUGUAAAUAAUCUUUUUGGAAAAAGGAAACUUACUGCUUUAAGAGAUUUUGGGUGCUCACUUCAGCACAUACACCACAAGGUUUUGGAUAUUGGUGACUUUUUUCUUGGUGACUUGAUUCAAAGUCAUUAAAGAACCUUCAAGGUUCUCUGUUUUUUUUUUAACUGCUGAUAAAAACAUGGAUUUUUGUAUAUUGGAUAAAGUAAAUGAAAUUGUAUCCACAGAAAUUGGGAGGAGUGGAUGGGGUCUUUGUGGUUUGGGAAGUAGUUAUAAUAUAGAAUACAUUUAUUUACAGAUAAAUCGUAAUUUUAAAGGGGUUUGAGGAAAAUAUCCAUUGUGAAAAUAAAACGAUAUGGUUAAUCUGGAACUUUCAUUCUUAUGUCAGUAAAGAGGGGUACCUUAAUAAAGACUUCUCACAUAGACAUUC